UCCUCCCAAUCCUCACCAGCAUUGUCUUUUCUCGUCCGCAGAUUCCACCUUGUCUUCGACGGCCUCGCGAUGCUCCACGCUUAAGCUCUCUCCGUCGACGCAGAAGGAGGUGCUCAUCGAGUCCCCCCCCGGCCACCCCCCCGAGGAGCAGGAACAUGCUACCCCGCCCUCGACACUCUCCUCCGCCUCCUCCUCCUCCUCCACCUCCGCUGUUUCUAAGGACAUCGCGCCGCAGAUUUACUCAGUAAGGGUUGAAGCGAGUGGCGAGGGCGAGCCCCUGCAGGACGAGUGCCAGGAGCCCCCGCCCAGUCAGGACCGAGGGCAGCAGCAGCACAAGCAGAGGUCUCAUGCCCACGCCAAGGAGGAGAAUGCAAUAGAGGCCAAUAUGGAUGGCGGAGAGAAGAAGCCGAGUGGAAGAUGGAAGGUAGAGGAGCUGAAGAGGGAGAACGAAGAGGUGAAAUCAAGACUAUCCUCUUUGCAGCAAGAGUUUACCAUGUUGGAAGAACAAGUGCGUGUAUUAAUGGCUGAGCGUCACGAAGUGGAGAAGAAGCAGCGUGCAGAACAUGAGGCCCAAGAAAUAGCCUACGUGUCCAAGUUACAGCAGUACCAGGCCACCAUUGCUGCGCUUGACCAAUGCAACCCGACAGUUGUAGAAGAGAACCCCCCCAUCCAACACACUAAGGUGGCGUCGGAAGAGUUCCAAUACCACAAGGAGGCCCUUAUUAGUAAUGAAUCUGUUGUGCAGAUGCUGGCUGAACGGUGUCGCACUCUGGAGCAGGCCAAUAAGAAAUUACAGUCUGAGGCGCGGGCACAACAGCAGCAGUAUGAAGUGUGUUUAGACCGCGUUGCUACACAGGUCGUCCAAGCUCUCCUCUCGCAGAAGUCACACCAAGAGCAGUGUGUGAAAUUGGCCAACCAGGUCCAGGCUCUCAGACGGCAGAACGCAGCCCUCUCCUCAUUGGUUGGCCACGGGUCCUCCCCUCAGACCCUGCCCUGCUCCUACCGGCAUGGGUGUGCGCCCCAUGCGGACCCCCCUACCUUCCUCAGUCUCCCCACGUCGUUUACCAAGAACAGACAGACUGAGCAGUGGCCACCAGGAGGAUGGGUAGCCUCUUGGCAUGUGGAGGAGAGCAGCAGAAGUCACCUGAGUGACAAUGCCUCCUCCCAGAAUCGCUUUCAUUCGAGCUUACAGUUACUCUCUGACACUAGUCUCCAGCCUAGGCUCUCACUCUCGGACCACAACACCACUUCGAGCAGUGCACAAAUGGGUGAGGACUGCUACACCCCUCAGGAAAGAACAUCCUGUACCUCAGCUGCUAAUUCCUCUACAAAUACUGCAACAACCACGUGUUGGUACGACAUCAUAACUUCUCUGAGCUUAACGACAACUUCUCAAACAGCAGCUGUCAGAAGUACUCAGGGUCAUGCAGCCAUUGCAAGAUCUCACGACACCAACAACAUUUGGCAUCAAGAAGACCCCUUGCUUAGCAGCACUGGGAGAAACAGCAGCAGCAGUAGUAGCAGCAGCACUGACUGCCCCCUCCAGGCCCACUACCACCAGAAAUCAGGUGGGCACCAGACCGACAUAGCAGAUUCCUCUGGUGGGUCUGGGAACCUGGAAGACAUGGGGACAUCUCUGGCACCCAGAGGAGAAAGUGGCAUGCAAAAGUUUUCUCCUUUGUCACUGGAAUCAGCAGUUACUAGCACAAGCAGUUCCCCAGAGCAGAAGAACUGUCAUGUGUCCCAGUCAACCAUGGAUAACCUUGACUUAAAGGACUCAAAGGUGAAAGUUCUUGAAAAUAAGGAAAUAUUAAAUCAUACCUCAAGUGAAAUCAAUGCAAACCUCCUUGUUAAUAAUGUAAGUAAAGAUGAAAUUAGCAACAUACUUCAAGUGAAAGGGGAAUUAUUAAAGACUUUAACAGAGGCAACCAAUAAACAGUAUCCAAUUGAUUUAACAGUAUUCACAUGUGAGGACAAAAGCAAGGGUGCAUUAAAUAAGAACUUGGCCAAAGUUAGUUCUAAGGUUAGUAAUAGUGAAAGGACCAAUAGUAAUGAUGGCAGCACAGCAGAGGAAGGUGCAGAAGUAACCACUAAAGAUGAGGGUUACUCCACCAUGUCCAGUGACGUUCAGGCAGAGGUUAAGGAAAAUGUAACUAUUAGUUCUGUGACAACUGUGCAAGAAGAACCUCUGACUCUUGUUCCUGUCAGUGAGAGUGGUAGUCAGGAGACAGCCAGCAUUGUGGGUGACAUGUCCUUAAGUAAAGGGUCUAGUAACAAGAGUGAAAAUGAUUCAACAGACAAAAUUAGUGUUAAGGAGAGAAAGGUAUCCAAUACAAAUAAUGAGUACUGUGAUGGUCUUCGUGUUAUAUAUGAUGAAGAAGACAACAAUUCAGAUGUAUUUUUUAUACCAAUUCAAGAACCAGAAAAUGAGAGCUUGUAUAGACAUAGUUAUCAUGUACCAUCUAAUACGGAACCGAGAUUGCCAGCCCGAUGGUACUCAGAUUCCCAGCUCUACAAAGAAAGGAGAAAUGCUCAAAGUCAUAAAAUUGUCGCUAGUCUUGAUAGACAUGUGUCCGUAAAAGAUCUUGCAGAAAGGACUGCCUCCACUGCAGAAGUGUUGGAAGAAGCCUGCAACACAAGGAGCUUGAAAAGAUCCUCAGCGCAGGCAAGUCUCAAGAGAGCCAAUCUUCGUAAAAGAGAAGAACAACCUACCUCAGGCAGCAGUGAAGAACUGUGGCCACUGGAGGACGAUCACAGAAAGUAUCUCUCUCCCACCUACAGCCAUGCUGAGCUAGAGGACUGGUCACUUGACUUGUCAUCAGAGUAUCUCAGUGGUGCAUGUGGGGAGGGCGAAGGGAGUGAGAGCGUGGGUACGAGUGGGGCCCACCAUGGAUCUCUGCCGUCCAUCCAGGAAGCCACGCCCGAACUUGAGGAGGACAAUAACGAGUUCCUCUGGAAUGGUGCUACGUACUUUAAAACUGAUUUAGAUUUAGACUGGUCAAGUAAAAAGGAAAUGACCAAAAGCUGGCAGUUGGAUCAUGCGAAGGAGAAUCAGAUAGUUAUGUCUCCUCGAUCUGGGUGCUCUGACCAGCCUGCAGUGUGGUCUAGCAGUGAGCAGCUUUCAUGCUGUUCCGAAGGGGUUUCAAAGUGCAGUUCCGAUUUUGAAAAUUUCUGUGAACAAAUAUGUAAUUUGCCCGAACUGAAAAGGGUAUCCUUUUGCAGUAGUGAAUUAGGGGGUCAGGAAGCCUCUAAAGGUGCCAGCCACGACACCUCGAGUGCGGGCGAACAUGAAGAAGAACUCGCAGAUGAAAUGUGUAUUGAUACUGUUUUUACUAGAGAUUUUUACCGCCUUGUUAAGUUUGAAAGCAACCGAAGUCUUGCAGCCUCAUCUAAAAGUCUGGCCACUUCUGAUGGACUCCUCACUAUAGAGAGACUACAAGACUUGGAAUCUAGUGGAUCACGCAAAGAGGCAUUAGCAUCUGUCCUUGGUUUUAUUGCAGAGCAGCAGAAGUAUUGCAAGGAGAGAGAAGCUCAGGAUGAGAAAGUUGGCAGUAGUCACUCUAGAGAUAUGUUGAAGAUUGCCAAUGCUAUUGAAUGUGCUGGAUCUCCUUUAGCCUCCGUUCUCUUCAGGGGAACAUUUCCAAAGUCUGCACUUCGUGAAGGUACCUGUGACCAGAUUAAAGCCUCAGAGGAAUUUCCAUGAGGACUCUGCCCACAAAAUCAUGGAAGCAAAGUAACUCAGUGAAGAGUAAAGUUGGUCCAGCUGUUCCUGCCAAACCCAGGUCAUGUUACCUUCAGGGAGGUCAACCUGGAGCUGCUACCUCUAAUGUCUUACCUAUAACUC